UCGGCCCACCUGUCGCCUUCCUCCAUCUCCUUUGGAUUCCUUGUUGUUUCCCCCAAGUUGUUCUGUUUUGGUUCAAGGCAAAGAAUCACACCCAGUCUCUCUCUCUCUCUCUCUCUCUCUCUCUCAUCCCGUGACUGAUUUCGACCGUCUUCUCCACGAUCUCUUACACCUCACCUGCGAUUUCGGCUCCGUCGAGGAAAGAUCUCACCAACUCCUCUCUCCAAUGGCGGAUCACUAGAGUUUGGAAAAUGUUGGUUCGACGUCCCAGUUGUUUCUCCCGCAUCGCCUUGGUUCUGUUCACGCUCUGCUUUCUCGACGCUGUUCUUGUGAAGAAGACGACCCGGACGAGCGUCGCCGCCGCCGCCGGAGGUACCGAAUUCGACUUCGGGACGCUGACGCUGAGCAGCCUCAAGCUCGUCGGCGACGCGCACCUCGAAAACGGCAGCGUGCGGCUCACGCGCGACCUCGCCGUCCCCAACUCCGGCGCCGGCAGGGCCCUCUACUCCAAUCCCGUCCGUUUCCGGCAGCCCGGGGCCGGCUCCCCGGCGAGCUUCUCCACCUUCUUCUCCUUCUCCGUCGCCAACCUGAACCCCUCCUCCAUCGGCGGCGGCCUCGCCUUCCUCAUCUGCCCCGAUGCCGACUCCCUAGGCGGAGCCGGCGGGUUCCUCGGCCUCCUCGACGGCGCGUCCCCUGCCUCCUCCGCUUCCUUCGUGGCGGUGGAGUUUGACACUCUCAUGGACGUCGAGUUCAAGGACAUCAAUGGCAACCACGUGGGUCUGGAUCUGAACAGCAUGGUGUCGUCGCAGGUCGGCGAUUUGGGCGCGAUCGACGUCGAUCUCAAGAGCAGCGACUUGAUCAAUUCUUGGGUUGUCUUCGAUGGGUCGAAUGGAGUCCUCAAUGUGUCCGUAUCGUACUCGAAUCUGAAGCCCAAAGACCCGAUUCUGUCGGUGAAUCUCGAUCUCGCCCAGUACGUGAACGACUUCAUGUACGUCGGCUUCUCUGGGUCGACUCAGGGGAGCACCGAGAUUCACAGCAUUGAGUGGUGGAGCUUCAGCUCCUCCUUCGACUCGGUCUCCCAGCCGCCUCCGCCGGCGCCCACUGCUACUUUGAUGAACCCAACGGCAAAUUCUGCCAAGGCGCCGCCGCCCUCGGUGGCCCCUUCAGGUUCCCGUGGUGCUCCGCAGAAGGAGAGCAACAACCCGCCAUCUUCGUCCUGCCACAAUCAGCUCUGCAAGCAAGGUCCAGGGGCCGUCGCCGGCGUGGUCACAGCCGGUGCCUUCUUCCUAGCUCUAUUCGCGGGGGCUCUGAUAUGGGUUUAUUCCAAGAAAGUCAAGCAGUUGAACAAGUCGGAGUCCCUCGCCGUGGAUAUCAUCAAGAUGCCGAAGGAGUUCAGCUACCGAGAGCUAAAAUCCGCCACGAAAUGCUUCAAUGCUAACCGGAUCAUCGGCCAUGGCGCGUUCGGGACGGUCUACAAGGGCAUAUUGCCAGGGAACGGCGACAUUGUCGCCGUGAAGAAAUGUAACCACAAUACACAAGGGAAGAACGAGUUCUUCUCCGAACUGUCCAUCAUCGGCACGCUCAGGCAUCGGAAUCUCGUUCGCCUCCAAGGUUGGUGCCACGAGAAGGGCGAAAUUCUAUUGGUGUACGACCUGAUGCCGAACGGUAGCUUAGACAAGGCGCUUUUCGAGGCGAGGACGCCCUUGCCAUGGCCUCACCGGCGGAAGAUCUUACUAGGAGUGGCAUCGGCGCUGGCCUACUUGCAUCAAGAGUGCGAAAACCAAGUGAUCCAUAGAGAUGUGAAGACUAGCAACAUAAUGCUGGAUGAAGGUUUCAAUGCCAAGUUAGGAGAUUUCGGACUAGCCAGGCAAAUCGAGCACGACAAGUCGCCGGAUGCCACGGUGGCAGCCGGGACAAUGGGCUACUUGGCGCCGGAGUAUCUCUUGACCGGGAGAGCUAGCGAGAAGAGCGACGUGUUCAGCUACGGGGCGGUGGUCCUCGAAGUGGCCAGCGGAAGGAGGCCGAUCGAAAAGGACACCAGCGGGGCAGGCAGGGCCGGGACGAGCAGCAAUUUGGUGGAGUGGGUUUGGAGCUUGCACAAGGAAGAGAAGCUGCUAACGGCGGCUGACCCGAGGCUCGAUGGAGAGUUCGACGAGGGCGAGAUGGCGAGGGUGCUGCUGGUCGGGCUGGCCUGCUCGCACCCCGACCCGUUGGCCCGGCCCACGAUGAGGACCGUGGUCCAGAUGCUGGUGGGCGAGGCCGAAGUGCCCAUCGUCCCGAGAACCAGACCUUCCAUGAGCUUCAGCACUUCGCAGCUCUUGUUGAACCUGCAAGACAGCGUCUCGGAAUGCAACGACAUGGUGGCCAUCUCGACAUCGUCCUCGGACCGCGAUUACCCCGGCGACGAGAUCGUUUGAUAGACGAGCCGGGGUUUUUGGUCGGUCGAAUUAAGUCCGGAACGGGGACCGAUCCAAUUUCCCCGUAUUUUCACGACGCGGUACAUAUAACAUAUAUCCGAUUCAUUUGUUCAUGUGGUAGAUAGACAUAAUAAACAUGUGACACGAGGAUGUCUAUUUAGGGUUGUCUCAAAGGUUCAUAACUUCAUGUUCUGCCCCUCGUUCUUAGUGAGAAGGGGCAGUAGUGUAGUCCAGUUGGCGCACAAAGGAAUGGGUGGGAGUCGUUUUCUUCUUCUUCUUCCUCUUUUUUGGUUGGGGCAUUUGUUUUGGGGGGGCAUUUGAAGGAUGGGUUUUGUGUUUUGCUUGUGGAGAGGUGGGAUGUUGCUUUCCCAAGUAAUGUCCCAGGUAAUGUCCCAUAUGGUCAAAAGCGGACAAUAGAGUUUGAGUAGAGGUCCGGUAAAGCAUAGUGACGACAAGAAGCGGAUUUAAAUACUACCUUCGUUUCUACUUUCGAUUUAUGAGUGAGCAUAUAUUGUGGCUGGAAAAAGAGAGAAGGGAACCAAUGUAAGCCAAUGAAUGGACAAG